ACCAGCAUGCACACUUUCCAUUUCACCCUCCCCUCCCCCUGACAUCAGAGGAGGCAGAGGCGCUCCUUCGCCCCGGUCCAAACUCUACUUACAAAGCCAGGCAAUCUAUCUGUCAGAGAAGAGACCUGCAUGGGCACAACCCGGGGACUAAUACCCACGUUUUCGUGCGUUGUACGGCGAUGAGGGAAUCCAGAGGCUUAACGAAACUCCAAAUACCAAAGAAGAGGCUAUUAAGUUCAAUUAUUUGUUAGAAGAAGAAAAAAGAGUCGGGGAAAGCAGAAGUGGUGUGCAUGUUACUCGGCGGGCUUCAUUUCCUCGGUGCAGCAGAGCAGGAGCUGGAUGACAUGAUGCUGCAGAGUCCGCUCACCUCCACUCCGUUUUCAGUCAAGGAUAUUCUGAAACUGGAGCAGCAGCAACGGCAGCAGAGGCAGUCCGGGUCCCUGGAACUCCAGCUCCCGAUCCACACCCAGCAGCAGUUGGCCGGCUCUCCUCCCCAGCAGCAGCAUUUCCAAACCCCGCCGUCCUGCAUGCUCGCCGGAGCCCGGGACAGUCCUUCCUUCUCGGACGGAGAGGACAACCUGGCCUACCUCAGCGCGCUGGCUGUGCGGGAAGAGGACCGAGGAGAGACCAGCUUGUCCCCGGACAUGUACGUCCACUCCGGCCUGCAGGGAACCAAGCUGGAGGCCGCCGAGCUGGACGAGCAGGAAAACAAGAGCUGUGGUUUGGUGUCCCGGGAUGAGGCAUCGGAGGGCGGGCAGGGCGACUCGGAGCGGCCGGUGCAGAAGCAGAGGAGCCGGCGGAGACCCAGGGUGCUCUUCUCCCAGGCGCAGGUCUUCGAGCUGGAGCGGCGCUUCAAGCAGCAGCGCUACCUGUCUGCCCCGGAGCGGGAGCACCUGGCGACCACCCUCAAACUCACCUCGAACCAGGUGAAGAUCUGGUUCCAGAACCGCCGCUACAAGUGCAAGCGGCAGCGCCAGGACAAGUCACUGGAGGCGGCGGGGCAGCACCACCCUCCCCCGCCCCGGCGCGUCGCCGUACCGGUGCUGGUCAGAGAUGGGAAGCCGUGUCUGGGCGGUGCGCAGAGCUACGCCGCUUCUGCCCCGUACGGAUCCAACCCGUACAGUUAUAACGGAUACCCAGCGGCAUACACAUACAACAGCCCCGCUUACAACACCAAUUACAGCUGCACGUACACCAGCAUCCCUGCCCUUCCUCCGUCCAGCACCUCCAACGCCUUCAUGAACAUGAACUUGGGAAGCGUAAGCGGCCUCGGCGGCUCUCCACAGGCCCAAACACACCAAGGGACAGCGGUCACAUCCUGCCAGGGCUCUCUGCAGGGGAUCCGGGCCUGGUAGCCUCACCAGAACAGAUCUAGUGUCUCUUUUUGCUUUCAUUUUCGUCAACCCACACACUUUUAGAAGCGUGUUAACUUGUGAAAACGCCUCAGAAAACAGUAUUGCUAAUAACGGAUCUGAGUUUGGAUUCUCCCGUCAGAUGACUUGAAAUUCCACUCCUAUUUCAGGCUUAUUCAAGUGUAUUAUAGCCGAAAUGAGUGUGAAAAGGGCUGGACGCCUCACAGGGGCAUCUGAACAGUCACACAGCUUGGGUGAAAUUUCAUUUUGUGAUCCAAUAAUUGUCGGUGCUCUAGUUUGGCACUGAUAGGACUGAAGCACAGAGGGGAAAAUUACGCACAAGCUUGCGCAUUUCUCCUUCUUUGAACU